AUGUCUGCUCGUCGUUAUCGAUCGACUGUGGCAUGCCACUCCUGCCGCUCACGCAAAGUCCGAUGCAGCAUCAACGUCACCGGGAUCCCGUGUAUUCGCUGCGCUCAGGAUCACGCACAAUGCGUGGUGGAUCCGCCAAAUGAGACGACUCGAGCAAAUCGUCGCAAUGGAUUGAGGAGACAGCGACCGCGCGCGGCUACCAGCAGUCCGUCUAAUCGCGUUGAGACAUAUAUUGAGAAUGAUACCUCAACUCUUCAGAGGCACACUACAGACUCACCUGCGCAUACCUCAAGGUCUACCAGUCAACAUGACAUUCAAGAUGAAGAGCGCAAUGGUCUCGAAAUCGCCGCCGCCGCUUUAGGCAACCCGGAGAGAGCAGGGCAGGUUCCUUUUUAUACCGGCGAUAAAACAGGGAUAACAUCAACGUUAUCACUCCUCUCCUCAGGAGAGUCUCUGCCCCAACAUCUUCUUAUCCCAUCACGAGCUUCGGGGACGUCUCUAUCAGACCAGGACCGGCACUAUCUCGCAAGCAAGGGUGUCUUCAAUCUACCCAGCAGUGACGCCUGCCAAUGUCUUCUCGAAGCGUACCUCCGCCACGUCCACACUAUUAUGCCGAUUAUCGAAGCGGAUCGGAUCCUGCACUUUUUACAGACUGGGAGGCUUCAUGAGUAUAACCUGCUUCUGGUGUGGAGUGUGUUUUUCGUUGCCGUGAACUUUGUCCCGUCGAGUAUAUGCGAGCAAGCAGGAUAUGACUCCAAAAAAGCAAUGAAAGCGGCCAUGUACGGACACGCCAAGUGCCUCUACAACAAUAGCGGCGAGAGAGAUAAGAUCGUUCUGCUCCAAGCCUCUCUCUUGCUAGGUUUCUGGCACUCCGAAGCUGAUGAGCAUUCGCAGCCUUGGUAUUGGAGCGGCGUAUCUGUCAGUCUUUGCCAGAUGCUGGGGCUACAUCGCAACCCGGACACGCCAAGAUACAACGGAGCCAUCAUUGACCGGCAGCGGCAACUGUGGCGUCGCCUCUGGUGGACAUGUUUCCUUCGCGACCGAUGGUUGAGCCUCACUCUAGGCCGACCGCUGCGCAUCGAUCUUGAUGACUGCGACGUUCCCAUGCCAUCAGUGGCAGAUAUGCUUUACGACUUCAAGGAAGUGGCCGCAUCCGCCUUCGCGGCUUUUGUUCCAGACGACCUUCCCCUUCUAGCCGAGUAUUGGAUUCGAUUGAUAGACCUCAGUAAGCUCCUGGGCUCCGUAGUGACGCUAAGCUAUAAAGCAGUCCGUCCACGGCCCUCUUUCGAACAGAUCAAGGCUCUUGAGACAGAGAUCCUUCGUUAUAAACCUCCAGAACAAGGUGCCCCCAGCUUAAAUCGAGCCACGCGGUUCUAUUUGCAUCACCUUCAACUCCAUUACGAAGCACUCCUCAUCGUCCUCUACCGACCAUGCCUGACUGAGCUACCGAAUGACCUCUCCUCUACCAACCAGCAAUGGCAGGAAAGCAUUUGGCACAAAGCCGAUGCCGCGGCAUCCCGCACAAACGAUAUCCUCGAGGCCCUGGCCCAAGAAAGCCUACUCGAAUAUGCCCUGCCAAUGACCCCCCCACUCCUCAUUCCUGCAAUGCAAAUGCAUCUCUUAAACUGCCGCUCGGGAACGUCCCUCUCACGGCGUCUCCGUCUCAACAAACUUAACGCCUGUAUGAUGGUCAUGGAGGAGUUUCAGAAGGUAUAUACCGUGGCGUCUAUUUAUCGCGGCAUCUUCGCCAAGGCCAUCCAACUCAUCUGUUCUGAGGGUGCUAGUGCCGGUGGAAGUGCCAACGAGAGCACAGUGCCACAUCGGGAUAGUUCUUCAAAUCCUCACGUGGGAGCAUCUGCAUCUGCAUCUACACAAGUACCGGUACCGGCACUAGUUCAACCCGGUGCCGUUGGCGAAGCACAUGCUCAUCAGGCUGUGGCUGGUGGCCCGGUUGUCGGCCCAGACCCUGUCUCAGGAAAUGAUCUAACUGACAUGGUCGAUGCCCUGUUGGACGAGUCGUUGCCCUUUAAUUUCUGGGAAACAUGGGGACAGAUGUGGGUCGAGUAG